GCGGGCGGGGGGCGGCCGGGGCUGGUUCUGUGCGAGUCCCUGCGGGCACCGACCGCGCUCCCGCCGCGCCCCGCGCAGCCGCUCCUCGCCGGCGCCACUCGGGGGGUUGUUUUUUGUGUUUUUUUUUUUUUUGCUUCCCCCCUAUUUUUAAAUUUUCCUGCCGCUUUCCCUCCGCACCGGCACUUCCGGCUGGUUUCCGGGCGGGUUCCGGGUGAGUGGCUCCGUCGGUGGCGGGGGCGAUGCUGGAGGCGGCGGCGGGGGCCGCUCCGGGCGGCGCGGAGCAGCACGGGAGCCGCUUCAGCGUCCUGACGUGGGAGCAGGUGCAGCGGCUGGACCAGAUCCUGGGCGAGGCCGUGCCCAUCCACGGCCGCGGCAACUUCCCCACGCUGUCGGUGCGGCCGCGCACCAUCGUGCAGGUUGUCCGUAGCCGCCUGGAGAAGAAGGGAAUCCCGGUCCACAAUGUCAGGCUGAACGGCUCAGCAGCCAGUCACGUCCUACACCAGGACAGCGGCUUGGGGUACAAGGACCUGGACCUCAUUUUUGGGGUGGAUCUGAAGACUGAAGACGUUUUCCAGCUGGUUAAAGAUGUGGUCAUGGAUUGCCUGCUGGACUUCCUCCCUGAAGGUGUCAACAAGGACAAGAUCACACCCAUGACCCUGAAGGAGGCUUAUGUGCAGAAGCUGGUGAAGGUGUGCAACGAGACCGACCGCUGGAGCCUCAUCUCGCUCUCCAACAACAGCGGCAAGAACGUGGAGCUCAAGUUCGUGGACUCCCUGCGGCGCCAGUUCGAGUUCAGCGUGGACUCCUUCCAGAUCAUCCUGGACUCGCUCCUGCUCUUCGGGGAAUGCUCGGAGAACCCCAUGGCUGAGAACUUCCACCCCACGGUCACCGGGGAGAGCAUGUACGGGAACUUUGAGGAGGCCAUGGAGCACCUGCGCCACCGCAUCAUUGCCACCAGGAACCCCGAGGAGAUCCGGGGCGGGGGGCUCCUCAAGUACUGCAACCUCCUGGUCAGGGGCUUCAAGCCCAAGUCCGAGGUGGAUAUGAAGGCGCUGCAGAGGUACAUGUGCUCCAGGUUUUUCAUAGAUUUCUCUGACAUCGGCGAGCAGCUGAGGAAGCUGGAGUGCUACCUGCAGAGCCACUUUGUGGGCAUGGAGAGCAACAGAUAUGACUAUUUGAUGACCCUGCACAGGGUGGUCAACGAGAGCACGGUCUGCCUCAUGGGACACGAGAGGAGGCAGACCCUGAACCUCAUUGCCAUGCUGGCUGUGAAGGUCCUGGCUGAGCAGAACAUCAUCCCCACCGUCACAAACGUUACCUGCUACUACCAGCCAGCCCCUUACGUCAGUGAAAUAAACUUCAACUACUAUGUGACCCACGUGCAGCCCUUCCUGCCUUGCAAUCAGUCUUACCCCACGUGGCUUCCCUGUAACUGAGCCAGGACAAACUCCAGGGUCUGUCCUCCAAGGUAUUUCUUUGCCUUGGGGGGUCGGGAGGGUAGGGAGGGGAAACAAAAUAAAACCUACCAACCUUCCUAGAACUGCAAUGAAAGGAAACUUCCUGGACUCUUGCUUGAGUUUCUUGAUCCUGGGAUUGUUGGGACGAGCCUUGUCUGCUGUACACUGUGAUGGGAAGUGCAGUGUUAUGGAAAUGACUCCUUAUGGAAUUGUGGAGGCAAUGGGGCAGGUGGGGUGUGUGAGGGGAGACUGUAGAAUUACGCUAAGGUAGAGCUGCACUGCCCUGAAAUGGAUCUGAAUUGUGGUUUGUUUUUUUUUUUUUAGUGCAGGAGGUGUUAUGGGUGUGCAAACUUGUGGUUUCUGCCAAGAGAAGCCAGGGUGGCUAAUUCCUUUGAAGGACCAAAGAAUCCUGUUUAAGUGCCUGUAACAAUAUAAACACAACUGUACUGUAAACCUUUAUUAUUUUUUGCAGGGGCUGAUGGCCCAGAGCUUGAGUGGGGAAUGUCUGAAGAGGAAAAUGUUUCUGUUGUGGGUGGGGAGGGUCGCAAGAUCAUUUCUUAUCCUGGCUGAGGCCAGAGCAGGUUCUGUGUUGCUGAGGGGUUUGGGCAUCACUUGCUGCCUGUGAAGGACCAGCUGGAGCAAAGAGCUGCCAAAGUGGGGCUGCAUAACCCGGGGGGGAUUGGAAUGGCUGCAUGGAAAUGCCUGAAACUGGGAGCACUGGGGAGGGGGGGAGUGCAAGGUGGAAAAUGCUGUGCAGGGCUUGCUGGAAAAAAAGGCAGCAGGGACCUACAUUUGGAUUUCUUCAAGCUCCUAAGUCUGCAGUGCCAAAAUAUAGUAGAGUUCCUAAAUGAUGAGGCAGGUGAUUUGUCCAGAAGCUUGCCCCAGGCUGCCAUACCUAAUCCUGUAUUUUCUAGGGGAAUUUGAAAUGCUGCUCUUCCAAUUUUUUUUUUUUUACAAUUUUUUUGACAUGCAGUGUGAUUUUAAUGCACAAAGCCACAGGCCAGCUGGGCCAUCGGGAAAGGUGAGGCUUGUCCUUUGAAGUACAAACCAUCCAGGUCACUGGUCAGUCAUUUCCAGCUGUGGCUCUGUCCUCCAGGGAGGUGGACAGGCCUUUUCCAUGCUGGAGAUCAUCCCUUGGGCAGGUCCUAUCUCCAAAGCAGCCUAUUCCCAGCUCUGUGAUUCCCUGUGUGAGCCACUGAUAGCAUUUGAAAUUCAUUCUCUAGCUAGAAAUGGAGCCUGGGGGCGGAAAGGGGGGUGAAGUUAGUUGGCCUUAGGGAAAAAAUGUCUUCUAAACAGACCUUCUGGUGUUUUGAGGGUUUUGGCUCUCUCAGUCCAAUGUGGCUUUGAAGCUGUUGAGUGUCUGGAGCACAGAAGUUUUUCACGGAGGUGCCUGGGCUGCUGCGCCCGCAGAGCUCCGGGCAGGCAGCAGGCAUUCCCUAGGGAUGCUGCUCCGGGAGCACCACGGCUUCCUGGUGCUGCCUCCCAGUCUGACCUACUCAAGUAUCUUUACUAACUUCUGUUUUUUUUGGGUU